AUGUCCAUCACACAGCAGGCCCAGGACGCCGCCGCCAAGCUCGCAGACACCGUCACCAGCUCCCUCAGCUUGGGCGGCCAGUCUUCCACCCUUCCCACCCUCUAUAUCGACGAGAAGGCUGGCUCGGAUACCGACGGGACUGGCGCUGAGCUUUCCCCCUUCGCUACUCCCCUCGCCGCCUACCAGUCGCUCAAACCCGCUCCUACCUCCGACGCCAACCCCACCUCUGUCGCCAACUUUUUGGUCCGCAAGGUCGACUCUGCUGAGCUCUCCGAAUGGGUAGAGAUCACCCCCUCUGCCAAGAAGAGAUUCGUCAAGGGUAUCGAGGGCUGGAGAAAAAAAGAGGCCAAGCAGGCUUUGGAGGGUGCUAGGAUUGAAAAGCAGAAGCAGGAGCAGGCCGAGAAGGACAGGCUCAGGCGAGAGGAGGCCCAGAAGAUUGUGCUUCUUGACGACCCCUCGAAGGAGUCCAAAACUAUCAAAGUUUGGGCAGCCCCCGAGUCUGUUGGUCAACGUGUCCGUCUUCAAGGAUGGGUUCACCGAUUCCGACCUCAAAAAACCAACUACUUUGUCGUCCUUCGUGACGGAUCAGGUUACCUUCAGUGUAUCCUCACUGGUGACUGCAUCAAGACUGUCGACGCUAUCGACUUGACUUCCGAGUCUACUAUCGAGGUUGUCGGUCAGCUGGAAAAGGUCAAGGAGGGCCAAACCGCCCCUGGUGGUGUCGAGCUCUCUGUGGAGUACUGGAAGAUUCUUGGCCGAGCUCCGGCCGGCCGUGAUGCCCUCGAAAGCCGACUCCAGCCUGACACUGACGCCUCCAUUCGAGCCGACCUCCGACACCUUGAGCUUCGUGGCGAGACCGCUUCUGCCGUCAUGCGCUUCCGAGCCCUCCUCCUCCGUGCUUUCCGAGAGAGCUUCAACAAGCGACGAAUCACCGAGGUCACCCCUCCCUGUAUGGUCCAAACCUCUGUUGAGGGUGGUUCCACUCUCUUCGCCUUCGACUAUUAUGGCGCGCCUGCGUACCUUACUCAGAGUAGUCAGCUCUAUCUUGAGACUGUCUUGCCUUCUUUGGGUGACGUCUACUGUAUCCAGGAGAGUUUCAGAGCUGAGAAGAGUUUGACCAGAAGACAUUUGUCCGAAUACACCCACCUCGAAGCCGAACUCGUCUUUAUCAAAUUCAAGGACCUCCUUGACCACCUUGAAGAUUUGAUUUGUGGUGUCGUGGAUGCCUUGCUCGCCGACCCUGUCGCUUCCGAGAUCAUCAAAUCCCUCAACCCCGAUUUCGUCGCCCCUCAGCGCCCCUUCGUCCGUCUCGACUACCGAGAUGCCAUCAAGUACCUCAACGAGCACGGCAUCAAGAACGAGGACGGUGAAGAUCACGUCAUUGGCGAUGACAUUGCCGAAGCUGCCGAGCGAAAGAUGACGGACCAGAUCAACAAGCCCAUCAUGCUUAUCCACUUCCCCAAGGCCCUCAAGUCGUUCUACAUGAAGACUCUUGAAGGCGCGCCCGACUUUACGGAGAGUGUGGAUGUCCUUGUGCCCGGUGUUGGAGAGGUUGUUGGUGGUAGUAUGAGAAUUGCCGAUCUGGAGGAGUUGAUGGCCGGUUACAAGAGGGAGGGUAUUCCCCACGAGCCUUACUACUGGUUCACCGACCAGAGGAAGUACGGUACCACCGAGCACGGUGGUUACGGCUUGGGCGUUGAGCGACUCCUUGCCUGGAUCCUCAAGCGAUACACCGUCCGUGACUGCUCAUUGUACCCCCGAUUUAUGGGACGUGCUACUCCUUAG